UUGGGAAUCAGCUGCACUUUGCUCAGCUCCUUUCCAAGUCCCUACAGCCACGGCUGCAAGCUGUGCUUUAAGUUGUGAAUGGGGAAAUGCUGUGCUGGUUUCAUGGGCUGAGGAGAAGGGACACAGACUUGCUCAGGGCUGAGCACCUUCCAGGCUGUACCACUGGGAUGUUCCUCAGCUGACCUGGCAGGAAAACUGCUGAGAGGGAAUUGGGACUGGAAGUGAGCUCUGGAAAAACAAAGUGGAGCUUGGAGCAUGUGGCCUGAGGAUUGCCUUACACAGCCAGGGGUGGUAGCUGAGCAGUGAGCAGGAUGCCCCCAGGCAUUUACUGCCCUACGGAAUUCUGGUCCAAGGGGGAAAACCAAAAUAUCCAGGUGGACUUUUUGCUGCCCACAGGAAUAUACCUAAACCUCUCAGUGCCCUGCAAUGCCAGCCUGGGCACCAUCAAGCAGGUGCUCUGGAAGCACGCGCAGUAUGAGCCGCUGUUCCACAUGCUCAGCGACCCCGAGGCCUACGUGUUCACCUGCAUCAACCAGACGGCCGAGCAGCAGGAGCUGGAGGACGAGCAGCGCCGCCUCUGCGACAUCCAGCCCUUCCUGCCCGUGCUGCGCCUCGUGGCGCGCGAGGGCGACCGGGCCAAGAAGCUCAUCAACUCCCAGAUCAGCCUGCUCAUCGGCAAAGGUUUGCAUGAAUUUGACUCGGUGCAGGACCCAGAGGUGAAUGAGUUCCGCGCCAAGAUGUGCCAGUUCUGUGAGGAGAAGGCGGCCCAGCGGCAGCAGCUGGGCUGGGCAGCAUGGAUGGAGUACAACUUCCCCCUGCAGCUGGAGCCUGCCGCCAAGGGCCUCUCCUCUCUGCAAAUCCCCACCAAGAACAUUUUUGUCAACAUCAGGUUCCAGUCUGGCGGGGAGAGCUUCAUGUUCCAGAUCUCCCCCCGGGAGUUCCCCAUCACCCUCAUGAGCUAUGCCAUUAAGAAACAGGCCACUGUGCUCCGCCCCGAGACCGUGCAGCAGCCAGAGGACUACACCCUGCAGGUGAAUGGGAAAUGUGAAUAUCUCUAUGGGAACUACCCCCUGUACCAGUUCCAGUACAUCCGCAGCUGCCUGCAGCGGGGCCUGACCCCCCACCUGACCAUGGUGCACUCCUCUGCCAUCAUUGCCAUGAGGGAUGAGCAGACCAACUGCAUCACCAGCCCCCCAAAGGCAGCCUCCAAGCCCCCACCACUCCCCAAGAAAAAGCCAAACUAUGGCUCUCUCUGGUCCUUGGAGCAGCCUUUCUACGUUGAGCUGGUGCAAGGCAGCAAGGUCAAUGCAGAUGAGAGAAUGAAGCUGGUGGUGCAGGCAGGGCUGUUCCACGGCACCGAGAUGCUGUGCAAGACCGUGUCGAGCUCGGAGGUGAGCGUGUGCUCGGAGCCCGUGUGGCGGCAGCGCCUGGAGUUCGACAUCAGCGUGCGCGACCUGCCGCGCAUGGCCCGGCUCUGCCUCGCGCUCUACGCCGUCGUCGAGAAGGCCAGGAAGGCUCGCUCCACCAAGAAGAAGUCCAAGAAAGCUGACUGCCCCAUCGCCUGGGCCAACGUGAUGCUCUUCGACUACAGAGACCAGCUGAAAACAGGGGAGUGCUGCCUGCACAUGUGGUCCUCCUUCCCAGAUGAGAAAGGGGAACUUCUGAACCCCAUGGGCACAGUGCAGUGCAACCCCAACACUGAGAGUGCAGCAGCCUUGGUCAUCUGCUUCCCCAGCGUGGCAGCACAUCCUGUGUACUACCCAUCCUUUGAGCAGCUGCUGGAGCUGGGGAGGAAUGGAGAACAGCCCCGAGCUGCCCCAGAAGAUUCUGAGGAGAAGCUGCAGCUGAAGGAGAUCCUGGAGCGGAGGAGCCACACGGAGCUGUACGAGCACGAGAAGGACCUGGUGUGGAAGAUGAGGUACGACAUCCGUGACCAGUACCCGCAGGCGCUGGCCAAGCUGCUCGUCAUCACCAAGUGGAACAAGCACGAGGAUGUUGCCCAGAUGAUUUCCCUGCUUCAGACCUGGCCAGAGUUGCCUGUCCUGAAUGCCUUGGAGCUGCUGGAUUUCAGCUUUCCUGACCGUUAUGUUGGUUCCUUUGCCAUCAACUCCCUGAAGAAGCUGACGGAUGAUGAUGUGUUCCAGUACCUGCUGCAGCUUGUCCAGGUGCUCAAGUAUGAAUCCUACCUAGACUGUGAAUUGACCAAGUUCCUGCUGGAAAGGGCAUUGUCCAACCGCAAGAUCGGCCACUUCCUCUUCUGGCAUCUGAGGUCAGAGAUGCACGUGCCUGCUGUUUCCCUGAGGUUUGGGCUCAUCCUGGAAGCCUACUGCCGGGGCAGCACCCACCACAUGAAGGUGCUGAUGAAGCAGGGAGAAGCACUGAACAAGAUGAAAGCUCUGAAUGACUUUGUGAAAGUGAGUUCUCAGAAGGCCACCAAGCCUCAAACCAAGGAGAUGAUGCACAUGUGCAUGAAGCAGGAAACCUACAGGGAAGCCCUUUCCCACCUCCAGUCCCCCCUGAACCCCAACAUCAUCCUCGCUGAAGUCUGUGUGGAUCAGUGCACCUUCAUGGACUCCAAAAUGAAACCUUUGUGGAUUGUGUUUAAUAGUGAAGAGACAGGUGGAGGUGGAGUGGGUAUAAUUUUUAAAAAUGGAGAUGAUCUGCGCCAGGACAUGCUGACUCUGCAGAUGAUCCAGCUGAUGGACAUCCUGUGGAAGCAGGAGGGCCUGGACCUGAGGAUGACCCCUUAUGGCUGCCUCUCCACAGGAGACAAGACGGGGCUGAUUGAGGUGGUCAUGCACUCGGACACCAUCGCCAACAUCCAGCUCAACAAGAGCAACAUGGUGGCCACGGCUGCCUUCAACAAGGACGCUCUGCUGAACUGGCUCAAGUCCAAGAACCCGGGAGAUGCCUUGGACCAAGCCAUCGAGGAGUUCACCCUGUCCUGUGCUGGGUACUGCGUGGCCACCUACGUGCUGGGCAUUGGGGACCGGCACAGCGACAACAUCAUGGUCCGGGAGACGGGGCAGCUGUUCCAUAUUGAUUUUGGUCACUUUUUGGGGAACUUCAAGACUAAAUUUGGUAUUAAUAGAGAACGAGUCCCUUUCAUCUUAACCUACGACUUUGUGCAUGUCAUCCAGCAAGGAAAAACUAAUAACAAUGAGAAGUUUGAAAGGUUCAGGGGUUACUGUGAAAGGGCCUACAUGAUCCUGCGGCGCCACGGGCUCCUCUUCCUGCACCUCUUUGCACUGAUGAAGGCUGCUGGGCUGCCAGAGCUCAGCUGCUCCAAAGACAUCCAGUACCUAAAGGACUCCCUGGCCCUUGGGAAAACUGAUGAGGAGGCACUGAAGCACUUCAGAGUGAAGUUUAACGAAGCCCUGAGGGAGAGCUGGAAAACCAAAGUGAACUGGCUGGCACACAACGUCUCCAAAGACAACAGGCAGUAGAGCAGGAGCUGCCCCUGCCCAGGAGAACAGAACAGAACAGCCCAGCACUGACAGGUGCCUAAGGACUGAACAGUGGUGCAGAGUGCAAGAUCCCCCACCUCGUUCCCAGACAUUGCUGCAUGACUGAAAAACUGUUGGCCUGUCCUCAGCCACACCACCCUGGCUGCUGAACAUCUUUGGGGGACAAGGGAGAGACGUGAGGCAAUAAAACUACUGCACACAGUGAAGGUAGGUACAGGUACUGUACCCUUGAGAAUGCCUUCAGCUUCAAAUACACGUUUGAAUGAAGUCAAGACGUUUGUAACAUCCCUCCAGUGUGCUAAUGUCUGUGUUUCUAUUUAUUUUCUUGAAAAUUUAGCUGAGCAGAGAUCCCCCUAUGCCUGUAGCCUAUCUAGGACACCACUAUUACAGCUUAGAGGCAUUAACUUCAGCAUGUGGUCACUCCUGCCCUGUGUCAGUGUCCACUGAGGUGGGUCAGCUCAAAGCACACCAAAGCUGACUUGGAUAAAUGGUUUUACUUGCCUUGAGACAGGAUAAAAACAUCCAGGCUGUCAUAUUGCUUUCUGUCUGCUCCAGAGGCCAAAGUGUUCUGAAACUGAGCUGGAACUCAGCUACUGCUGUCUAAAACUGAUGGCACAAAAGCAGCUUUGAGGUGGCCACUGGAUCAGGUACUUUGCUUUCCAAAGUUAGGCUUUAGUUGAGCCUCAGUUCCUGCAUUUCUGCCUUUAUUUUGGUUUCAAACCUGAAAACGCUAAGAUUGCAUUUUCAAAUUAAAGUACUUACUGCUUUCCAUAAAAGAUGUUAAGCUGUGAGGUCUGUUCUGGUUUGGAUCUAUUCAUACAAACCCUGUUGCCUCUCAAGCACUUGUUGGUAGAAGCAGCAGUUCUGGCAUAGAAGACACCUCAUUUUAAUUUAAUCUAACCCUGGGAGAGCCCCUUUUCCUACACCUUCAGAUGAUACUGUGACUGAAGCACUCAGGCUCUAACAGCUGCUUUGGUUCUAGAGGGAGGUACUGCAGGAUUUAGAGCUCUAUGCAGGCUGAUCAGUGAGAAACAGUCCUGUGCCUCUGCUCCAUUUUAGAGAGUAAAUAUUGCUAUUUCCUUGCUUAUUAAACUAAUUUACAGAGCAAAAAGUA